GGUCUCAGCGCGUAAAACGAACGCCCCUCCUCUCUGUGGGGGGGGCGGAAGAGUGCGAGACUUUACAGGUGAGGAGCCCCACGCAGCCAAGGUAGGCCACAAAGAGCCAUGAGGCCGAACGCGACUCUUGUGGCGCUGCUCGCGGCCGCGUGUCUCCUCGGCACGUGCGCGCUCUCCCGCGUGGAGGACAUGCGGGCGCAGGAGCGCCUCUUCCUCGGCUCCAUGGGGCUCUCCGAGCGGCCUCGGCCCGCGGGCAACCGGCUGCCCCGGCGCAACGUGCCCUCCGAGAUCUGGAGGAUGUUCCAGAGGUCCGAGAACAGCCACGCCCGCGAGAGCGACCCGUGCACGGUGUCCGAGUACGGCGUGCGCGGCAACAUCAUCCGCUACGUGCAGGACCAAGGCGCGCUGCCAUCUGGCUGGAGCGGCGGCUGCCUGGAGAAGCCGCUUUACUUCAACGUGUCCGUCCUGCAGCCCGUGGAGCUGCUGUCUCUGGCUCAGCUGGAGAUCAAGUUCCACUGGAAGCUCCUGCAGGGGCCCCGGGCCCUCAGCAUGACCCUGUACAAAGUGAUCCGGGCCACGCUGAGGGGGGCCGACCCCAAGGCCGGCCGCCGACCCGUGCUGUCCCAGUCGGUGCCCGCGCACCCCGAGCCCACCUCCGUCACCUUGGACCUCACGCCGCUGGCGGAGAGCUGGCGCAGGCCGGGACGCAACUACGGCCUCCUCCUGGAGCUGCUGCCCCUCGGCGGCGAGCCGGGGGAGGAGCAGCUCCUCCCCUUCCGCCCGGGCAACGCCCUCCCGCUGGAGCCGGCCUUCGCCCUGCCGCUGGUGCGGGCCUCGCUGGUGGCCGUGUCCCUCAACCCCCACCAGUGUCGCUCCCGGCGGCGGCGGAGCGCCGUGCACCUCCCCGUGACGCCCAGCAACGUGUGCCGGGCGCGCCGCCUCUACAUCGACUUCAAGGACGUGGGCUGGCAGGACUGGAUCAUCGCGCCGCAGGGCUACUUGGCCAACUACUGCCACGGCGAGUGCCCCUUCCCGCUGAGCGAGAGCCUCAACGGCACCAACCACGCCAUCCUGCAGACCCUGGUGCACUCGCUGGACCCGCACGUCACGCCGCAGCCGUGCUGCGUCCCCAUCCGCCUCUCGCCCAUCUCCAUGCUCUACUACGACAACAACGACAACGUGGUGCUCCGCCACUACCAGGACAUGGUGGUGGACGAGUGCGGGUGCCGGUGAGGUCGGGGGCGGACGUUUUUCUGACCGUCGAGUAUCGCUUCAUUCCUCCUUUUCUUUUCUUUUUUUUUUCUUUUUUAAAAGAGUUUCAAUGUGAGUAACUUCUGUUUUCAGUGUACAAUGUGAUGUCAAAUAUUUUAAAGAAUGUAACAUUUGAAUAAAGAUAAUCUGGAGGACUGUAUUGAAAAGAUGAGUCACUGAUUUCAGGCGGAGCUUUGAGGGCCCAGACCACCUCUACUCAGGGCUCUGGACCAUGUCGUCCUUUCCUCUCCUGGUGGAACUUAAUCUUGAGUUCUU